CUCUGUUUAUCCUCCUGAAGCUCUGCCGCCAUCAGUAAAAGACAAAGACAGAGUUUAUUGAAGGACAGUGAGAAGAUGAGUGAUCCAGAACCCUGCAGAAUUAAACAGGAAGAGACUGAAGAACUAAUAGAUGUGAUGGUGAAGGAGGAAGAACAGCGUGAAGAUGAGGAGAAACAUCAUGUCAAGACUGAAGAUGAAACUCAAUUGAAGAUCGAUGAUAGUUUUUCAAUGGAAAGAACAGCGGUAAAAGAUUUCACCUGCACUCAGUGUGGAAAGACUUUAGCCUCCAUGUUCGAUCUCAGGCAUCACAUGAUGAUCCACACUGGAGAGAAACCGUACAAGUGUUCCCACUGCGAUAAGAGAUUCAAUCGUUUAGGAACCCUAAAAACACACAUGCUGCUCCACACUGGAGAGAAAACACACACAUGUGAGCAAUGCGGCAAGUCAUUUUUGAGGGCUGGAGACCUGAGGAAACAUCUCAGAGUUCAUACAGAGAAGAAGCCGUAUUCAUGCUCUGAGUGCGGAAGGAGGUUUUCAAUGCAGUGCAACCUAACAGCGCACCAGAAGAUCCACACUGGUGUGAGAGAGUUUGUGUGCUGUGAGUGUGAGAAGACUUUUAUCACAGCUGUAGACUUGAGACGACACCAGAGGAGUCACACUGAAGAGAAACCGUACAAGUGUUUACACUGCGACAAGACGUUCAGAUAUUCGGGACAUCUGAAAGUACACCUGAUUAUUCACACCGGAGAGAGACCGUUCGUAUGCACUCAGUGUGGGAAUAGUUUCAAGCGAUCGACGCACCUUAAUCGACACAUGAAGAUUCACAAUCCUUUUGUCGCACAUGAUGAUCAACUCUGGAGAGAAGACACACAGAUGUGAUGCAUAUUUGAGGCCUUGGUGGAUUCAAUGAUUCCAGCAGUAAAAAUCUUGAGCUGUGGACAAUGUGAAACAUGUCAAGAACUACCCAACCAUUCUGGAGGACCGUGUGUGUCCUGAAGGCUGUACCGCUCAAUUAAAUUUUUCAAUUCGUCCUUAUUUCUGUAGCACUUUUACAAUUGAAAGAUUUAAUUACAAUUACAAAUUGAAACAGUGUCAGUUUUCAGAGUUGAAGUUCAGUGUGGUCUUUUAUUCACUGCUGAGAGUCCAAACACUGAGGAGCAAAUCCAUCAAUGCGCAGCUCCACAAGUCCCGAACCAUGCAAGCCAGUGCCGUGUUAUCAGGAUAAUAACGCACCAAUACACACAGCAGGACUGGUGAGUUUUUUGAUAAACAUGGAAGUGAAGUUUAAAUCAUUAAUGGCCUGCACAGUCACCAGAUAUAAACAUUAUUAAGCCACUUUGAGUUGUUUUGGAGGAGCGAGUCAGGAAAUGUUUUCCUCCACCGGCAUCACAAAGUGACCUGAACACUAUUCUAAGAAGAAAUCCUAUUGGCAACUAUGCAAGACUUGUAUGUCAUUCCCAAGAUGAAUUGGCGCUGGAUUAGCCCUACACCAUACUAAUGAAUUAUUGUGGUCUAAAACCUGGUGUUACGAUUUAAUAAGUUGUCUAGAGUGAGUAAACGUAACAUAUUAUAUUAUCACUGAAGGAAAUGGAUGGAAAAAACAAGGACACAAUCUUAACGGUUAAUUAGUUUAUUCCUCUAUGAGGACAAAAGUGAUAAAGCCAAUUAAAGAAAGGCAUGUGUGCGCUUUGUACAAUGCGUUUAAAGAUAAUAUAAGCAAACAGGGUCCCACUUUAUAUUAAGUGGCCUUAACUAAUAUGUACUUACACUGUAAAUAAUAAUGACUUACAUUGUACUUAUGUUUGAUUAAAUACCUGCAUGUAAUUACAUCUGUAAUUAAUUCCUGUAAUUAGGUUUAGAAUUGAAUUGUUGACCACCCCUUACACCUUAACACACUUUUAAACCUAUCCAAACCACCAAACCUGUCUCUAACCGUACCCAUAUCCCACCUCAAAAGCACCAGAGGUGUUCUGCAAUACAUUAUGAACACAGUAAGUACAUUGUGUUUAGAUUUACAUGUACAUAGUAGUUAAGGCCACUUAAUAUAAAGUGGGACCCCACACAGAAAUAUAAUCAGCAAAAGAUACAGGGGGAAAAAACUAUAGUGGUGCCAAAGCAAAGAACUGAAAACCAAAAGCCACCUAAACUAGAACACAAGAUCCCCUCUAAACUUACUAAUAAAUAUAAAAAUGUCAAAAGAAACCGAAAUCUUCAGCGUAUGCGGCGCUAUUAAAGUACACUGCCUGAAAUAAUAAGCAAAAAUACCAAAAGCGGCGCUCACCUACUUACCUAGUGUUUCUGAACAGUUCAAAUAACUACAGGCAACCUUUACGUCACCUUUCAGUUUCAUUGUUCAACCCCUGUUGAUCAUUAAGGGGAAAUACUCUGCAGUCUUAACUUCCUAAAGUUGACCCUUAGGUUUUUGUUGAAGUUUUUGCACGGGUACCAUUUUUUCUUAGCUUAAAGCAUGGGUCUCGAACUCGAUUCCUGGAGAGCCGCAGCUCUGCAGAGUUUUGCUCCAACUCUAAUCAAACACUGCUGAUCCUACUAAUCAAGUAGUUCAAAAGAGUCUCGAACAUCUUGAUUAGUCGCAUCAGCUGUGUUUGAUUAGGGGCAAAACUGCAGAGCUGCGGCUCUCCAGGAAUCGAGUUUGAGACCCAUGACUUAAAGACCCGAGGCCUUAUCUACUAAUGAUUGCAAUGAACUUGAUAGAUGUAUGAGCGAAGCCUAAAGAUGUUGAAAACAAGAGGAUAUGGCAACACAGUAGAUGCACGCAUACGCAUAUGUGACGCGUCUGUCAGGUUUAGUGUUGUAAUAUUAAAACCAUAGGCAAAACCAAACAUGCGACAUGCCUGGCGGUCAGUUACACAGUGUCGUCCAUCCAGUUUUAUCUUUUCUGUUGGCCAACCAGGGGUGAAAGGUGGUGACGGUUGUUUUCAAUCACAUGGUUCUGGUGAUGCACGAAAUUCAGAUGGAGGGUGGGAAGUAAAAAAACGAAUGCGAUUUAUACCAUAUUUCAAUGGAGAUAUGAAUAGUAAAUAAGCACAUAUGUUGGACAUGAUCCUUAUAUCAUGAAGAGCGCAGUUUUCUGCUGAACUCAAAUAUAUCUGCCUGUCAUCGAGGAGAUAGAUACUGUAUGAGCUAUAACGUUACAUGAAAAACUAAUCAUUAUAGUGUUUGUAGGCAUACUAUAGAUAAUUACUUGAAUUAAAUUGUCAGAUUAACAUUAUUUUAAUUAUAAUGUUGCUGUGUUACGGCACUACUUUUGUAAUAAAUGAUUCGAUAUGCUUCAGUUUUCUAUGCUAUACACCGUCACAAUGCACCAAUUUACACUAGCGUUACUGUAUUUAUCACAGUUUAUCAGUUUACUAUACUACAGUAGUCUGUAGCAUUCAUUAACAAAGAGUUGUACACAUUAAACACUUUCACAUGUGGUUCAAAAACAUAUUUAUUAUAAAUUAGUUUAGAUUCUCCCCAUGCGGAUAUCUUCUAGACAUCAUGAAAUAACUGAUGAAAGCGUACAAAAGUGUGGACGCUUAGUCUAGAUUAUUAUUUAUUUAUUUUUGUAAGGGGGAAAAGUGCUCCCAGAGGCGUAGCAACCGGGGCGGGGGGAUCCGUCCCCCUCACUUUUAGAGACAGACCAUUUAGAAACGGGUGAUUAAUAAUUAUUUGAACAUAUGAUCUCAUACAGCCGUCCCCCCCCCACUUUUAAAAUGUCCGCAACGACCCUGAGUGCACCCCAAUAAAAACCGUCUAGUUUUGUCACAAGGGUUGCAUUUCUUUUUUGUAAUGUCGAUGAACUUACCGUUAACAAACAUUCACCGCUGCUGCACAUCUUAAUGUUCACACUAUGAUUGUUUAUUCUGCCUAAACGCCAGUAAAGGUUUGGAUUAUUGCAAAACAAGACGGAAAUUUCAUUGCAGUGAUUACAUAGCACGUUAUAUAUAUCCUCCAGGAUUUUGUGUGAGUGUGGUAGCGUUUGUAUCUGAUUUUACAUAACACAUUAACAUAUUUAUACACAUAGUAUAUAUAUAUAUAUAUUUUAUACACAUUGUAUAUAUAAUGUAUAUAUAUAUAUAUAAUCUUUACUGGUGCUGUCAAACGAAUAAUCGCAUUCAAAAAAAGUUUUUACUCAUGGAUGCACUGAAUGAAUGUUGAUUACAUGCCGCCUUCUCUUCCGUUUUUCAGCCAGUUUCUUAAACUUUCCCUCCUUUAUAAGCAAAAACAUUUGGCGUCUAUAAAAGCUGUUCGGCAUUUCUUAUAUUGGCUCAUUUAAACAAUUAUAAAACAGAAACAUUUUAAUGUUGUGAUAUAGAUUACCAUGUAGAAUAAUCACUUCCCGCACUCCAUCUGAGUCUUGCACGCCAUCAAUGACGUCAUGUCAAAACAACCAAUAGAAAAGUUUUUAAAAAUCUAGCAGUUAUACUAUGUAGAUCUCUUUUCUGUGAAUAUUUUUAUGAGUUGUAUGACGGAUAUUUUAAAGAAAACCACAGAAGCAUGCAAUUUAAUGAAAUAAGUAUUACAAAUUUCUUCUCCUUACCCCUUUCAUAAUCAUUUUAUGUUUUUAUGAUCUAUUUUUUUUUUCAGGCGGCCCCAAAUCCUCUAGCUAUGAGGCCACGCUGAGCAACAUAGGGAAUUUCCUCGCCUAUAUUCCUGAAGAGUUUAGUUUAUACGUUGUUUAUCUGGUUGUCCACUUAUGUUUGCUCAUUAAUAAUUGGUUAUUUUAGGAUUAAAUGUUAAUCAUUCAUAAUUAUGCACAUUUUGCAGAACAAGCUGCUAAUGACAUUUUAAUAAAAGGCUAAUAAUAACAAUAAAUAAGUUGUGAUGAUAAUUUGUAUUAAUGACUGGUUGUAUACUUGUAGAUGUUGCAGAGCAAUAUGUGAAGUAAUAAAUAGUGUGGAAAAAGUACAUUAAAUAAUUCUAAAUGUAAGAGAAACUUGUGUACUCAGACGCGUAAACACAAUCAGUUUGUUUGUAAAACUCUUAACCAGCUGUAGGACGGAGUAACAUCUAAAGUUUUGACAGCAGAUUCAUUGUGAGAAUCAGAUCAGCUUAUAGAUGGAGCUCCUCAUCAAUCCACAUCAUCUGAAGCUUUUAUUGUUGUGGGCGUCUGCCAUUUUGCCUUGUGAUACAAUUCAAUCUUGCUAAUAUCUGGUUUAUAAUAUCUUGUUAAUUAGAUUGCUCAACAAUGUUUAAUCAGCUGCGAACUGUUAUUAAAUGUGUUUAUUACAUAUUUUUUUUAAGAGUUGUUUUCUGAUUGUAGUUACCUCAGGAAACAUGUUUAUACUGUCAGCCAUGACGUAGGACUGUUGCGUUUGCUUUUUUAUUUUGUUGAGUGUAUUUUAACAACGUUUUAAGUGCCUAAUAAACAGUAUUUCACCUCA